AUGAUGGAAGAGGAUUCUCACAAGCUUGAAGAGAAGGCACAAGCCCAAGAGAAUGACAAGGAGCGCCUCAGGGGCAAGUAUGUGCCCAUCAAGCUGCUCGGGCCCAUUGCGGUCACGGGAGUCUCCGCGAAGCUGGCUGCUCAAGAAUCGACAAAUGAAGAUCUAUAUGAUAUACCGCCGGCACUACGACGCGCUGUGUACCGACAUUUCCGCCAAAAGCUCGUGGCGUCCAUCAGGGGUCGGAUCCCGUCAAUACUUCAGUCUUUCGCUAGACUGUGCGACCGAGUGAAGAUUGGGCGUACUUCAAACGAUGUAAAGAUUCUCAAAGAGCAGGGUAUAUCAGUCAUUGGUUGCACGUUGACCGGACUCACCAAGUAUCGCGCUCUUAUCGCAGCUUUGGAACCCAAGGUUCUGCUGGUUGAAGAAGCUGCAGAAACUCGCGAGCCUAAUAUCGCUUCAGGCCUCUUCCCGUCUUUGGAUCAGCUCAUCCUCGUCGGUGAUCAUCAACAGCUAGUACCCAGCGUUGACGCAGACAUUCUUAUGGAGCACCCAUACAAUCUACACGUGUCGCUGUUUGAAAGACUGUGGUUCAGGCAUGAAUGGCCUGAAUCACGCUCAGAAAACAUGUCCUACGACAACUUAGAAGAGGCCAAGAUGAUCGCAGGGUUUACCCAAUAUCUUGUGCAGAACGGUCUCCAACCUGCCGACAUUGCUAUUCUGAGCUUUUACAACGGCCAGGUGGAGCUCAUCCAGAGGAUCCUGGCGAACACAACGUACUUCAAGGAGAAACACGCUCAUCAACGCUGGUCCGACGUUGUCCGAACCGUCGAUGGAUUCCAAGGCGAGCAAAACGAGGUCGUUAUCCUUUCCGUGCCGUGCAAAACGGGCCAGAAGAUUGGGAGAAUGUUCCUGGGGGAGGUUGUAGCACGCCGUGUGGAUGGACCUGCCCCGAGGGCCAUCAGUCUGCCCAUGGUUCAACGAAAGAUGGCCAAAUCGAGGACAAGUACCAAGGUGACUGCCAGCCAGCAUAUGUCUGCCACAGGUGAUCUGGGGGGCUCAAAUGUCCAAUACAGGCACCAGCCCGGAUGGGAACCCGCAGCAAUCUCCCGCAAUGACAGGAUAGCGCGAGCACAGUCAACAUCUCCGCAGAAGAGACAGCCUAUGUCCUCAACAGAUGAGCCUUCCCAGAGUUUCAGAGAGCUCUACUGCCAGGGUGGGCCGGCUGGCAACGAUGACGGACAUUUGGAAGCCCCAGCUCACCAUGAGCGGCCCAGCAUUACUGAGACGUAUGUCAAGACGUGUGUUGCUAGAGAUGGGCAGCGGGUCAUGAAGAGCACCAGUCGCCACACGCACAGCCGCACUCCGACGGAGAAAUGGGAAACGGUGGAGCUUAUAGAGGGUUUGCAGGUUGAAGGGAAGCCAAAAGUGAAAGAGAUGGAUGAUGUGGCGGAGGAUCUCAUCUCCUUCAAGGAUCUGGACUUGUAA